AUGCAGACCUCAUACAAUCCCGAGUCCCAGACACUGAGCUCACAUGCGCCAGAUUCACCGCGCUCUUCCCAAUCACCCCCGCCUUCUGGUGUCCAAGGUGAUUUGGAAUUAGAACUUCUUGGGCUCGCCAACGCUUUAUACAACCUUGGAACCACUGUCAUCAACGACUCCACUAAAGAUCGUGAUAGGCCAGGUGGCGCAAAGUUGGUAGGCCUUGGGGCAAACGAGGUCGUCAAUCACCUUAUGUCCAUCGAUAACAAAGCACAGGACAUUCGGACCAUGAUACCUUUUCAAGUUUUGUCUGAUAUCGACAAUGCACGCAACCCCAUGCAGUUGACCAAAGAACGUCUGGAAAGAGCAGCUACUGAGAAUCAAUUCAUGAACGGAAAGAUAGCAGCUAUUGACUCCUACCGCAAGCUUCUGAAUGAGGCAUUAAUAUUGAACUUUCCAGAGACAGCCGAAUAUCUCCAUCCUAGUCAAGAUGAUAUCAAGAUGGAGGUAUAG